AUGAAAGAAGGUAAGAAUAUCCUAACAAAUGAUUUAAGCAUCUUGGAAAGAUACUUUUACAAAUGGAGGCUAAGACCAAAUUCAGAUAAGACAGAGGAAUGUGGAUUUCAUCUUAAUAAUAAAGAAGCAAACAGGGAACUUAAUGUCCAGUUGGAGGGAGUAAAAGUUAACUAUAACUUUACACCAAAAUAUUUGGGAGUAACAUUUUAUCGAUUGUUGAUGUUUUGGAAUCAUAUUGAGAAGUUAUAG